CUUGCUCCGGCAUUUAUGAAAACCACGGCACCUUAGUGCGCUUCUGACAGUCGGUUCAUACGGUGUUCAGGGUGGAUUGAUCCUGGUUUAACUCGCUGCCUCGGUUUCGGGGGGAAACGUACAUUAGUGCGAGGGUGUGUGUGUGUGCGCGUGUGUGUGUCAGGAUUUAUUUUUUUGGAUCCGAGAUUUUCGUGCUCGCUGCGCUUUAUUCACGAACAACGAUCGAACGAGUGUGAACCGUCCGUGCGCCACCCACAUUUGGUUACAUUCGGUGUGUUCCAGGCGCAACACUUCCAACAGUUUUGCGUGAAGUGAAAAGUUGUGUUGCUUAAAAACAAACAAAAAAACUACUAGAAACCGAAGAAAACGUCAUGUCGUCGUCUGCUGUCACUACGAAAACGUCUAAGUACACCUACCGCUCAACCGGAGGUGGUACGGCCGAUGUUAGCAUCGAGUACAGUGCUGAUCUGAGCGCUCUGUCCCGGCUGGAGGACAAAAUCCGUCUCCUGCAGGAUGACUUGGAGUCGGAACGCGGUCUCCGCCAACGGAUUGAAAGAGAGAAGGCCGAUCUCAGCGUACAGGUGAUUCAGCUUUCGGAGCGUCUCGAGGAAGCCGAGGGUGGUGUAGAGGGACAGCUGGAUAUCAACCGCAAGCGCGAUGCCGAACUGACCAAGCUGCGCAAACUCCUCGAGGAUGUGCACCUGGAGUCGGAGGAAACUGCCCACAUCCUGAAGCGCAAGCAUCAGGAAAUUGUCAGCGACUUCAACGAACAGCUCGAGACUUUGACCAAGUCAAAGCAGAGAGUCGAGAAGGAAAAAUCGAAACUGCAGACAGAAAUCUAUGAGCUGCUGUCGCAGGUCGAAAGCAUCUCGAAGGACAAGCAGAUCAGCAUUAAGACGAUCGAGAAGCUUGAGGUGCAGGUGACGGAGCUGAACAUACGCAUCGAGGAGCUGAACCGCACGAUCGUGGACAUCAGCUCGCACAAGACGCGCCUGUCGCAGGAAAACAUCGAUCUGAUCAAGUCGGUGCAGGACCUGAAGCUCAGCGUCGAAAGCAUCUCGUUCUCGAAGACCCAGCUGAACUCACAGCUCGAGGAAGCGAGACGCCGCCUGGAGGAGGAUGAUCGCCGUCGCUCAAUGCUCGAGUCCAGCCUGCACCAGGUGGAGACGGAGCUGGAAUCGAUCCGGCUGCAGCUGGAGGAAGAGUCCGAGGCCCGUCUGGAUCUGGAGCGUCAGCUCGUCAAGGCAAACGGUGAGGCCGGUACCUUCAAGUCCAAGUACGAAGCCGAAUGUAUGGCACGCGUCGAGGAGGUGGAAGAGAUCCGCCGCAAGUACACCGUACGCAUUACCGAGUCGGAGGAGCACAUCGAAUCACUGCAGGCCCGUCUGAGCAAGCUGGAGAAGGAAAAGAGCCGACUGACGAGCGAAAUCGAGGUACUGAUCAUUGACCUGGAGAAGGCAAACAACGGUAUCCGCGAGUACACCAAGCGUAUCGAGAUCCUCGAGAAGACGAACAUCGAAAUCAAGACCCGGCUGGAGGAAACGAUUGCACUGUACGAUGCGUCGCAGCGUGAUCUUCGCCAGCGGACGGCCGACUUCCAGCGAUUGUCGCACGAGCUGGACAAGACACGUGAGCAGAAGGAUCAGCUCGGACGCGAUAACAACAAGCUGCAGAAUGAGCUGCACGAGUCGCGCAGUACCGUCACCGAGCUGACGCGCCGUCUUCACGAGUAUGAAGUCGAGCUGCGCCGGCUGGAGAAUGAGCGCGAGGAAUUGACUGCCGCGUACAAGGAAGCUGAGGCUGGCCGUAAAGCUGAGGAGAAGCGUGCUCAGGCACUUGCUGCUGAGUACGGUCAGUUCCGUCAUGACACCGAGCGUCGUCUGUUGGAGAAGGAUGAAGAAAUUGAAACCAUUCGCAAGCAGACCAGUAUCGAGAUCGAACAGCUGAAUGCUCGCGUCGUUGAGGCGGAAACCAAGCUUAAGAGCGAGGUCAUGCGUAUCAAGAAGAAGCUGCAGAUCCAGAUCACCGAGCUGGAGAUGUCGCUGGAUGUGGCCAACCACACCAACAUCGAGCUGCAGAAGACGAUCAAGAAGCAGUCGCUACAGCUGACCGAGAUGCAGGCUCACUACGAGGAGAUCCAGCGCCAGCUGCAGUCGACCGUCGAUCAGUACGGUAUUGCUCAGCGCCGCAUCCAGUCGCUUACCGGCGAGCUGGAGGAGAUCCGUGUCAACUACGAUUCGUCGCUGCGUGCCAAGCGUCAGGUGGAGGUUUCGCUCGAGGAUGCCACUACGCGCAUCAACGAGCUGAGCGUGGUUAACGCUAACUAUGCCUCGCUCAAGGCUAAGCUGGAAACCGAACUGCAGACCCUGGUCGCCGACUACGAAGAAGUUACCCGUGAGCUGCGUGUCAGCGAUGAGCGCUACCAGAAGAUUCAGGUUGAGCUUAAGCACACUGUCGAGCUGCUGCACGAGGAACAGGAAAGAAUCGUCAAGAUCGAAGCCAUCAAGAAGUCGCUCGAGGUUGAAGUUAAGCAACUGUCCGUUCGUCUGGAGGAAGUCGAGGUCAAUGCCGUGGCCGGUAGCAGACGCAUCAUCAACAAGCUCGAGGCACGCCUGCGUGACAUCGAAGUUGAGCUGGACGAGGAAAGACGAAAGCACUCCGAAACGAUCAAGAUUCUGCGCAAGAAGGAACGCUCGGUCAAGGAGGUGUACAUCCAGAUCGAGGAGGAUCAGAAGAACAUCCAGAUCCUGCAGGACGCCCUGGAGAAGGCCAACCAGAAGAUCGCUGCCUACAAGCGUCAGCUAACCGAACAGGAACAAUGCUCACAGCAGAGUGUCACCAAGGUUCGCCGUUUCCAGCGAGAGCUCGAAGCCGCCGAAGACCGUGCCGAUGUGGCUGAGAGCAAUCUGAGUAUGGUCCGUGCCAAGCACCGCACGUUCGUUACCACCUCGACCGUGCCCGGUUCGCAGGUCUACCUGGUUCAAGAAACCACCCGGACCAUCAACGAAUCGUCCUAAACUGUAGCAACAUCCCUUUUGCCCCCAGAGUGCCCAGCACGUUGGCCGUACGGUACGUUCCUUUGCCGGCAGUCGAUUCUUAGGACGACGUUACAAUCGGAUAUCGCAUAAAGAAUAGAUCACUCCGCCAGCAAACCGACCCCGGUCAAAUCAAUGGGGUCCCACACUCUGGACACAGCACGCUGCCUACCCUGAAUUGGUUCAUUUCCUUAUUUUAGCCAACGAUCCUUUCGAUUGUGUUCCGCGUGUAACGUGUUGUGUUUUGCCGAAUUUUUGUGUCUUUUUUCUUCUCCCUUGCCCCUUCUGUUCCAGUUCUCCUUAUCUUUUUUUUUCGUUGUGUAUAGUUGUGCUUAAAAUAUGCGUCUUCCUCGUACUUUAAUUUUACUACGAAACAACGUCAGAUGGAGCAAACAAUCAGCAUAAGAUGGAAAGUUACUCGAACUAAACUCAAUUCGAUAUUUAAACAACAACAAAAACAAGAGCGCACGCAAACAAACAAAAAAAACUACGUGCUGCGGUAAACAUCUCCAACUCAAUAUCAACCAAACAAAAAGAGCUCUUUACAUUAGAAAGCGAUUAAAUCUUAACGAAUUUGCGUGUUUGUUUGUGCAACUCGGAGCUCGGUUAGUAUGUGCUGUGUACGUCGUUGCUGCUCUGAAGAAAUAUGGAUACUCUAGACCCCAAAACAUCCUGGGUUAACACGAUCUGCCGAGCUGGGUCAGUAGGUGAAACAAAACGAAUACGAUGGAGCAAAACAAACAGAAACGCUAAAGCAAUGCAGCACACCAAAAACCGCUUGUAAUGGAAAGAAUAAAGUUUACUGAUAAAAAUUAUCUUACCAAUA